GGAGCUUGUUUAUCGUUUGCGGAACGGAGCAUUCUAUGAGCAGGCAUCACGCGUGGAGAAUAAGUUCUCUGUCAGCGAUUGAACAGUAACCGAUCUAUAGUUGUACGGUUCGGUGUCUCGCAUUGUGAAUUGACGGGUUGUCGCGGAACUCUGAGCCGCUUGAAGUCAACCUGGAGCGCUGUUGAAUCGGGAGCCGGGAAGGCUUCGAAGCGGCUUCUCAAAUGGAGGAAGCUUCGGCUGAGAAUAUGCCCGGAUCGUCGGACGACACGUACCACGUGUAUUGUGGUGCCGAGACCGGCUAUUUGAAGGGUAUAAACAUCCAUAAGAAAAGUUUCGCGAACCUGAACAAGGGUUCGAACCUCGAUCGAGAUUAUGAAAUUACUGUGAUGAUAUGGGCGAACGAGGAUGAGAGCCAGAUACAUUGUGCGCUAAAAAAUCAGGUUAUUGCAACAUAUGAAGCCGACACCGGUUUCCUAUUAGACACGCGGGACGUGACCGCCGGCGAAGGUCCCAUCAAAGGACUAGAAAUUUUGGAUCAGAAUUUGGUGACCUGUUCAAGAUCUGGAGCGUUCCGCGUGUGGCGUAACAGCCGACCUAUCGAACUCGACGUCGGGAAGGACGUGUGUCGGAUGCGGAAGAGCCCCUUCUCCGAUCGAUUCGCUACCGGUGGCCAAGAAAACGAUCUCAAAUUGUGGGACUUAGCAGAACCUGAACAACCUGUGUUUGUGGCAAAGAAUGUUCGCAAUGACAAGCUGGAUCUCCGAAUGCCUGUCUGGGUGACGGACUUUAGGUUCGUCGACGACUCGAAAAUCAUUGUCGGGACAGGGUACAAUAAAAUACGCAUGUAUGAUACUAAAGGUCAGCAGCGACGGCCCGUGUCCGAGCUUGACUUCGACGAGUACCCGAUUACGACCCUGUCAUUGGUACCCAACCGGGAGCACAACAUCGUCGCGGGGAAUACGCAUGGUCGUGUAGCACUAUUCGAUCUUCGGAUGCAGAAACUGGUUUAUUGCUUCAAGGGCUUCGCGGGAUCGGUCCGAUCGGUUGAGGUCCAUCCAAGCAAACCAUACCUCUUCUCAUGUAGUCUCGAUAGGUUCGUUCGUGUUCACGACAUCGAUCGCCAUGUUCUGCUCUCGAAAAUUUACCUGAAGUCGCGAUUGAGUUCUCUGUUGAUACGCACGUCAUUUCAAGGAGCUGAUCUUGAAAUUGGCUAGCCGUGACACCUAAUCUUAACAUUCUUCUCCUCCAUGACGUCCGAUUCAUUCCGCGGCUUGAAGUUGUUUUUCAUGUCAUCUGAUUUUCUAAUUGUAUCAUGAAAUCUGCUAACACUGUAGGGAUUGUUUUGUUGAAUUGAAUAAACCCGUAAAAUCU